GUCAGUGCCUUAAUGGCUGAACUUUUAGUAGAAGGUACCGCCAUCUCUUUAUAUUACUCUUAUUACCAAAAAAGAUGUAAGAUGGCGUUAUGAACAAGACCCUAGAACAAUAACAAGACACAUAGAUAAGUAGUAUUUGAAUGUCAACUUACGAUAUAUAUUUUUUCUCUAUGGAAAAUAAAUAAAAAACAUUCUCUAUGACAAAAUGGCUCCUAUACGUUACAUUUGAACGUAAUUGUGUUUAAUUUUGUGUUAUUAGGUACCUAUUUGUUGUGUUGUGAGAUAUUUCUAUUGUUAAGCAAGUCGAGUCUAGGUUUUUGUUCCUCCGGCUUACUGUCGAGAUUUUGCGUGAUUUUGGAUAGUUACCAAAUGCGUCAUAAUGCCGAAGCCCUGUGUGUUUGGUCGUGCAACCAAUGAUGCAACUCGUCAUUCAUUUCCGAAUCCCAGAAGAUUCCGCCAGCAUUUUAAUGCUUGGGUUAAUAUUACUGGUGAUUUUGGCAUGAGUAGUGAAGAGAUUUUUAAAAAGAAGAAAGUUUGUGAUGCCCAUUUUACAGAAAGAGAUCGCAGUCGCAACCAUCGAUUAAAUAAUUUAGCUAUUCCAUCUCUUCACUUGAAUGGCUUUCACGGAAAGCUUACAAUUGCUACAAGUGCAACUGUCGCUCAGAAACCGGAAAUGGAUACCCAAUAUGUUGCAGGUUUGAACAACCAACGUGACCACAGUAAAGCUACAUAUAGCCGCACCGGCACUGUUGAGAAGAUGCACAUUGGAUGUUCUUCUAUAAUAGCUCACAAUGCUAUAGCACCUGCAUUUACACCAACAGAUCGGACAGAAAGUCAAGUCCAGAAAAUGGUACCAACAGGUGGCUGUUCGGAGCAUUUUCCUGUCACAGUGGACCAUGAUUACUGUAAGAAAGCUGAAAAAGGUUAGCGAUAUUAUCUCUAUCUGUUCUUUUAUGCUUAUAUGACCAAUUAUUUUCGUUACAAAUCUCUGAUAAAUCGCAGCGACACCUCAGCGACAGGCAUUUCGAGUCUUGUUUUAGGUAAGAUUCCACUCAUGAUU